CACCGCUUUCCCCUCUUUUAUUCUCUGUUUCAGUUCUAGGGUUUUACCGUUUCUAUCUCGCUUUGGCUCUCCCUACAGAAGAAACACCAAACCCUAACCAUGGCUGCGCAACCAGCGGUGGAAUCCGUCCAAUGCUUCGGCCGGAAGAAGACGGCUGUAGCGGUUACGUACUGCAAGCGAGGUUCCGGACUGAUCAAGAUCAAUGGGUGUCCAAUUGAGCUUAUCCAACCUGAGAUUCUCCGUUUCAAGGUCUUCGAGCCAAUCCUCCUCCUCGGAAGGCACCGUUUCGCCGGUGUCGACAUGAGGAUCCGCGUCAAAGGUGGUGGUCACACCUCUCAGAUAUACGCGAUCCGACAGAGCAUAGCGAAGGCUCUUGUCGCGUUCUACCAGAAGUAUGUGGAUGAACAAUCGAAGAAGGAGAUCAAGGACAUCCUCGUGAGGUACGAUAGGACAUUGCUUGUUGCUGAUCCUAGGCGGUGUGAACCCAAGAAGUUCGGUGGUCGUGGUGCUCGUGCCAGAUUCCAGAAGAGUUACCGUUGAAAAAAAGGUUCUGUGGAUUUUUUUUGGAUACUUGCGAACUUAUACUCUAUAUGCUUAUCAGUAUGUUUUGAGAUUUUGAUUUUGUCAAUUUAAAGUUCGAGACUUUGAUGGUUGAUUUCGGUUAUUGUCAAGACUUCUUGUUUAUCUAUAAUCGUAGUUUGAAUUUCGAA